ACACACAUGGAAGUUACUAUUGCUCCUGUCUGGAAGGAUUCUCCUCUUCCAAGGAGAAUUUUACAGCAGAGGACUCUGGAUGCAAAGAUAUUAAUGAGUGUCGGUUGAAGGUUUGUGGUCCUGACAAGAAGUGCAAGAACACAGUAGGAUCCUUCAAGUGUGUGUGCCGUGAUGGAUAUCGGAAAGAUGAUCGAGGAGAUGAGGACUGCAAUGAUGUGGAUGAGUGUGUGGAGAGUCCUCUUGUGUGUGGUUCAAAUGGCACCUGCACAAACACACCUGGUAGCUACACCUGUACCUGUCCAACAGGGUUUCGUAACCAUGACAUCAGCAACACAACAACACCUUGUGAAGAUGUGGAUGAGUGCAUCGAUCCUGUGUGUGGCCAUCCAAAUGGCACCUGCUCAAACACACCUGGCAGCUAUACCUGUACCUGUCCAUCAGGGUUCCGUAACCAAGGCAACACCAGCAACGGAACUUGUGAAGACGUGGAUGAGUGUAAGGAGAAGGCCGCUAUUUGUGGUCCAAACAGCACCUGCACAAACAUUAACGGUAGCUACACCUGCAGCUGUGUUGAAGGGUUCAAGAUGAGCACCGUCACGGGCUACUGUGAAGAUGACAACGAAUGUGACACCGUGCCUGUGUAUCCCUCCCUCUGUGGAGAACAUGCCCAGUGCCUCAAUACAAAAGGCAGCUACUACUGUGAGUGUGAGGAGGGAUACCAGUCCCUUAAAGGACCGAAAUUUACCGCAGAUGACCCCAAAUGCCAAGACAUAGACGAGUGUAAAACAGUGAAUAUUUGUGGCUUGCCUUCGGAGGGGAUUUGUUCAAACACCAAUGGCAGCUACAUAUGUGUGUGUAAAGCCGAACACAGUAACUAUGGAAACCCACAAGGCAGAUGCACAAAGAUCACUUGUGAUGGGUAUGAAGAUGAUGGCUCCAAGGAACAGGGAGGAGCGCUGGGGCGACUCUGGGGGAAGAUGAGGGCCAACUGUAAAGGCCUGAGCAGCGGCCAGGGGAAGCCAGACCACUCAGCAGCACACGGACUACUGGAGGAUGUGUUAACAGCCACAGACGACUUCCUGUCCUCUGCUGGCGACAUGGCGGACAGCAGCAAGAUGACGGGCCUGCUGACCAUGAUGGAGAAGGCCAUGAUGCUGAUUGGCCCACAGCUCAAGGAGAACAAGACCACCAUGGAGACCAACUACACAGAGGCUGAGUUAGCUGUGAAGAGAGGAAAGACUGCCCCCACAGGCCACGUGGAGCUGGCUACUGACAAUGCCUCAUUUAAGACCAACUGGGAGACCGCAUCAGGCAACGGCAUCUAUCCAGGUUUUACAGUGGCUGCCCUGGUCAGCUACCGAGGCAUCAACUCCACUCCUGCCUCCUCCCUGGAGAGCCUGAAGGAGAGCCUGAAGGAGGAGAUGGAGGCCAAGAGCAGAGAGGAGGUGCAGGAGGAGGAGGAGGACAACAAAGGGAGGAGGAGAGUGAAGGUCGACCUGGAGAUGGUAUCCAACGUGGUGACAGCCUGCGUGAGCAACCCGGACACACACAGCCUGCCAGAACCUGUUACGUUCACCUUCAAACACACAAACACUCCGAAACAGGACCAGAAGAAGAAUAUCAAAGUGGGUUUCGAGUGUGUGUUCUGGGACGGUGGUGUGUGGUCGCAGCGCGGCUGUGUGAAGAUCCAGUCCAACGACACACACACCACCUGCAGCUGUAACCACCUGAGCAGCUUUGCUGUUCUCAUGGCCCUCUAUGACAUCAAGCACACCUUUGAGCUGCGGCUGUUGACGUGGAUCGGCCUGGCCGUCUCCCUCUUCUGCCUCGUCCUCUGCAUCCUGACCUUCGGCUUCUGCAGGUCCAUCCGGGGCACGCGCACCACCAUUCACCUGCACCUCUCCAUCUGCCUCUUCAUGGCCGACCUGAUAUUCCUCUGUGGCAUCAGCCAGGCCGGACAGCCUGGCUGUGGCCUGGUGGCUGCCCUCCUCCACUACUUCUUCCUGGCUGCGUUUGCCUGGAUGCUGCUGGAGGGCGUGCAGCUGUCAUCAGAGGAUGGUUGCGUGCUGGUGGUUCCCAACAGCAGCCUGAGGUUGACUGGGGGGUCUCUGGAGAAAUGGUUUAUUUAUCUGGGCCUUCUUCGCGGCCGCUCGUGUGCAUCAAUCAUUCCUCCUCAACGCCUCUCAUUCUUCCUCAUCACGCUGUGGAGACUGGCGCAGAAGCUCAGCAGCCUCAACCCCGACCUCACGGGCAACAACCUACAGAUGAAUCAGACUAGGGUGUGCGAGGAACUUGUCAGUUAUGGUGUCAACCACCCACACCAAAAUCAGUUCACGGUGAGGAGAAGAGUAGUGCCCAAAGUUCCCCUCCAGAAUGCCAGCUCUGCAGCCCAGAAGAAGCGCAGAGAUACACGGAAUUACAACGAAUCCAAAACCGCCUCCAGCAAACAACAACAGCCAAACAGGCCUUUGAGGACAGGAGCCACCUCCACUGGCCCAACUCAAAUCUAUGAGGAGACCUGGCUCCGCGUUCCUAACCGAGUAUCCGUGCAGUCCUCGGCGAGACGGUCCACAGCGCGGCUGGGCCCCCCGCUUGCCGAAGCCCACCGUGAGUUGGUAGGACGUGCAUUGGUAGACGCGGCCGUCACUCAAAACAGCGCCCCAAGCCGGCCAAUCACCAAGCUAGCCCCGUCG